AAUCACCCCAACCUCCUGGCUGCUCGAAAGGUGUCUGUGUCCAGGAUGCUCUCGCUGCCCAAUGACAGCUACAUGUUCCGGCCCGUAGCGCCCGCCUCGGGCCCUCACCCCCACCCGCUGCAGGAGGUGGAAAUGGAGACCUACGUGGGCACCACCUCUGGCUUGACCUCCGUGGAGCACGUGCCACCUGUGGAGUCCUGCGCCUCCCUCCAGGCCUUGCCAACUGCGUCCUCCCCUGCCAGGGGCAACAGCACCCUCCUCACCCUGCCCCCUCGGGGCACGGCCCGCUCCCCCAGCUUUAGCCGCCUACUCUGCAGACAGGUAGGA